AUGAUAUCAAGGCAUGUUUCGGCAUUUUCCGGCCCAUGCUGGAGGCGGUCGAGUGGAACCUCACAUUACAUCAUAAUAGUGCGACACUUAUCCGAUCGUUACAAGGAGAAACCAAUCGUGGUGCAAGAAAUUUAUCAGUACCAAAGCAUCCCUCCGGAAGAGUCCAGGUCCAACGAACCAGCGUCACGAACGACGGAUAUUGCACUGCGUCGCAUUGGUUUGAUCGAUUUGGCCAAAAGCAAGCUGUACGAGGCACAGACAUUUUACGAUGAGUUCAGCGGAAUGCACGAGGUGAAAGCGGCACAGAAUAAGGUAAUUGAAAUACAGGAGCAGCUGCAGCUUGUACAGGAACGACGGCGGCACGUGCUACUUGAACUGACGCUCGUACGGAAGCAGCUCCAGGACAUUCACAUCGAGCUACAGAAAUCGACCCGCGGGGAGCAUCGUUACGUGGAGUUGAUUAGGGAGGAGUUCGAUGUUCUUACGCGCGAGAAAGAGAAGACUCAAAUCUUCCAAAUAAUCGAUCAGGAGGAACGGGAACUGUUUUCCCACCUGACGGCCGCCGUGAAGACGUCUCACGAGAAAGAGCGGAUGCAGGCGAACAACGUAAAGUACUGGUCCAUCAUUGCAUCGGGAGUCGGUGCACUGCUGGGCAUUGUGGCCACCUCCAUCAACUACUACUUCCGCAAUACGCAGUUCGAAACGAUUCGCAAGGCCGGCGAAGAGAACCAUCGCAUGCUGCUGGAAGUGCAGCGGAAGUUGAGCGGAUUGGAGCACACUGUUGGAACCGUUCAUCGCCAACUGAUCGCCAAGCGGGUUGCCGAGAAACCGGUGUCAAGGGUUAACGAGUCGUGGGGAAGUUAUUUACGCCGUCAUACGUCUCGUUUCUUCCGAUUCUUUAUACCGAAAGCGUAACGCACCGCAGCGGCCCGUUUUACCUUUAAGU